AUGCAACCAUCAUUGUAUCAAAUACGUAUUUUACAAAUUGUAAAAGGACAAAACAAUUAUGUAACAGUUACAACUACUCUAGGGUCUCUAAGAGGACUUGUGGAGCAAACAGCUUCAGGACUCACAACAAUAUAUACAUUUAAAGGUGUUCCCUAUGCGGAGCCUCCUGUUGGUGAAUUACGUUUUAAGCCACCAGUUCCAGUGUCAUCCUGGAGUGACUUGAAAGAUGCUUUGGAAUUUGGGCCUAAGUGUGUACAGAAAGGAGGUGACAGUGGUGAAGAAGACUGCCUGUAUCUUAAUAUUUACUCACCAGAACUGCCUUUGGGAAACUCUACUCUUAAACCAGUAAUGGUUUACAUACAUGGAGGUUGCUUCACUAGUGGUUCUGGGUCUGCGUAUGGCCCUGAUUACUUCGUUGAGAGUGGGGUUGUUGCAGUUACUAUAAAUUAUCGUCUUGGAGUUUUGGGUUUUAUAAGCACAGGAGAUUUACUGAUACCAGGCAACACGGGUAUGAAGGACCAAGUGGAGGCCCUGAAGUGGGUGCAGAAAAAUAUAGCGGCAUUUGGAGGAGAUCCUGACAAUGUAACCAUUUUUGGCCAAAGUGCUGGAGGGGCAUCUGUACAUUUCCACAUACUUUCACCUACUUCUAAAGGUUUAUUCAAGAGAGGAAUAGCACAAAGUGGAUCUGCUUUGAGUACUUGGGCACUGCAGAGAAAACCAGUAGAAAUAGCAUUCCAACUUGCUGAAAAUCUUGGUUACACAGCGAAAAAUACAACAGAUCUUAUGGAGUUCUUCUUGGCAGCAGAUGCAACAGAUCUUAUGAAAGACAUUUUUGCUGCUGUUCCUGAGGAGGACAGCCUGGCGCUUUUUAAAUGCGUGCUCACACCAAGUAUUGAGCCCGAGCAUGAUGGAGCCUUCCUCACAGUAGAGCCAAUAGAACUUGUGCAGAGUGGAGCCUACACUGAUGUUGCUUACAUGAGUGGAAUCACAUCUGCUGAAUGUUUGAAGUUUGUGGCUCCAAAUGGUGAGUUAUCGACGGCAGAACAGGUAGCUGAUCUGGACCAGAACUUCGAUCUGUACGUAGCACCUGAUCUGCGUCUUCCAACCGAAGAAGAGAGAGAAGAGGGAGCGAAAGAAGUGAGACAGUUCUACUACGGGAAUUCAACCAUAACGCUGCAGGAUAACUACACAACAGUUGCUGUAAGUGUGCACCAUAUACUCCUUGUUAACUUCAUUGAUAAACUCGGCAGUAGUGUACAACCAUUUAUCUACCACCUGACGUGUUACUCUCCUAUAGAAAUUUAG